AUGUUCCGCUCUGCUCCGCGCUUCCCUGACAGCAGCAGUUGUAGCAGCAACAGCAGCAGCAGCAGCAGCAGCUGCAGGAGCAGCAGAAGCAGCAGCAACAGCAGCAGCAGCAGUGUCAGGAGCAGCAGCAGCUACGGCAACACUACCAGCAGCAACCUCAGCAGCAACCUCAGCAGCACGCGGUCCAGCAUCGAGUGCGGCUCUCGCAAAAGCAGCAGCAGCAGCAACAGCAGCAGCAGCAGCAACAGCAGCAGCAGCAGCAACAGCAGCAGCAGCAGCACCAGCAGCAGCAUCAUUCCCUUUACCUAUCCCUUAGACGAGGCACUUGUGCUAGGCAGGAAAUCAGCAGCAGCAGAAGCAGCAGCAGCAGCAGCAGAAGCAGAAGCAGCAGCAGGAGCAGCAGCAGCAGAAGCAGCAGCAGCAGACGCGUCUGGCACGCCCUGCUGCACCUAUUCUGCUCCUGCUGCUUCAGCUGUUAACCCAGCUGCAGCAGAACCAGAGGGGACAGCAGCCGGUGCAGGAUAUUGUUCUGCUCCUCAAGGAGCUAACUCUGCUCAUAAAGGACCACGCAGCAGCAGCAGCAGCAGCUGCUGCUGCUGCGAGGAAGCAGCAGCGGAAGAAAGUCCCAAAACAGCAGCAGCAGCAGCGGCUGCUGCAGCAGCAGCUGCUCAAACGCUGCAGACAGAAGCAGCAAAGCUGCAGCAGACGAAGGCACGCCCGGAAAACGACAGCGGCAGCAGCAGCGAGCCCGCAGCAGCAGCAGCAGCAGCAGCAGCAACAGCAGCAGCAGCAGCAGCAGCAGAUGAAGACUCUGAGGUGCUUGCUGUCCGCGAGCGGCAGCUGGAAAGGCUAGCGGAGGAACUCGACCAGCAGCACCUCCUUUGCAUAGCGCAAGUAGGGUUUAGGGUUUAG